AUGGACGCCGCCGCCAACGCUGUCAGCAAGCUCCUCUCCGGCGCAGGUGAGAAAUUCAACGCCAAGUCCGAGCAGGUCGACACCGCGCAGGUCAAGACUGGAGAAGUCAAGACCACGCAGGACAAGAUUGAGGAAGUAGCCCCAGUCGUUGACUCUGCUGCUACAGGCGAGAAGGACACCACUGUCGACCAGACUAUUGCCCCGGCAGUUGAGCAUGAGCAUGUCAAGCACGAGCACGAGACCAGAGAGCAGAAGGUCGUCGACCGCGAACGUCAUCAAGACCACUACCACACCACCAUCCAGCCCCUGAAAGAUCAGGAGGUUGAGGCUACGAAGCACAACACUGAAGUUGAUGCAACUCAAGAACGCCAGAUCAACAAGGACAAGCAAGGCGACCAGAUCAAGGCGAAGGUUGCCGCCGACCAGGCUGCCUUCAAGAACACAACCGAGGAGGAAGCCACGGAGGAGACCAAGACUACUGAGCCUGCCGCUGUCGCAGAGUCUGUUCACCACCACCUCCACGAGACCAUCCAGCCUGUCAUCGAGAAGGAACGCAUCGUGCCCGAGGUCACCCACAAGGUCAAGCCCGUGCAUGAGGUUGUUCAGGAACAGACUAAGAACCACGGCGUGACCACCAACCAAGCGAUCUCGGUGGAUGAGUUCCAGCACCGCUUGGGUGGUGAGAGCAGAACAGAGGUCAAGCACGACGGAGAGCCCUCCGUUGCUACUACCGCCACGACAGCCGUGACGGAGAAGUAG